AGGCAGGCUUUUUCCCGGCGAGGGUAGGGAGCGGGUCGGGUGCUUUGGCUGCAGCGGGGUCCGCUGGGGCUGGUGGAGAUUCUCCCACUGCGGGAGCCGCACGAGCCGUCUCAUCUCUUUUUAUAUAAAUAUACAUAUAUAUUUUUCCCUUUGCUGCUUCUCGGAGCCGCGGCUGCAUCUCCCGGCGCGGCGCAGCGAUGGGUUGCGCGGCCGCCCGCGCGUGGGAGGGCAGCGCCCGCUCCGCUCCGCACCCCCGGGCGCUCCCGAGCGGAGCGGGCAGCGCCGUGUAGGACGCGGGCACCGACACCGCCGCCUUUGGGGGGUUAUUUUUGCCCCGUUUUUCAAUUCUUAGAGCUGUAGGCAGACCGCGGGUGCAGGUGUGUCGAGUUCCCCCCCCUCGUUGCCCGCAUCGCCUGGUUUGUCUCCCCCUCCCGUUGUUUUUUCGCACCAGGCGGGGGUCCGGGGCGCCUCGUUUUUCUUUAGCUCCGUAGUGAAAUCGCAGCAGUUUUUGCCUCCUCCAGCGAGAAAAAUGGAGGCUGUGAUAGAGAAGGAAUGUAGCGCGCUUGGAGGGCUCUUCCAGACCAUCAUAAGCGACAUGAAGGGAAGUUACCCAGUGUGGGAAGAUUUUAUAAAUAAAGCUGGGAAACUGCAGUCUCAGCUUCGGACUACAGUAGUAGCAGCUGCUGCCUUUUUGGAUGCCUUUCAGAAAGUGGCUGACAUGGCUACUAAUACACGUGGUGGUACCAGAGAGAUUGGAUCUGCUCUCACCAGGAUGUGUAUGAGGCACAGAAGUAUAGAGUCCAAACUCCGGCAGUUCUCAAGUGCUUUAAUUGACUGUCUGAUAAACCCACUUCAAGAACAGAUGGAAGAGUGGAAGAAAGUGGCCAAUCAACUGGAUAAAGACCAUGCAAAAGAAUACAAAAAAGCCCGCCAAGAGAUAAAAAAGAAGUCAUCUGACACACUGAAGCUACAGAAGAAAGCAAAGAAAGCUGAGGCUCUGGGACGGGGUGACAUUCAGCCCCAGUUGGAUAGUGCUUUACAAGAUGUCAACGAUAAGUACCUGCUGCUUGAAGAAACCGAGAAGCAAGCUGUCAGAAAAGCUCUGAUCGAGGAGCGCGGUCGAUUCUGUACUUUCAUCUCGAUGCUGCGACCCGUGAUAGAAGAAGAAAUAUCAAUGCUAGGAGAAAUAACCCAUUUACAAACCAUAUCAGAUGACCUGAAAAGUCUCACCAUGGAUCCACACAAGUUGCCAUCUUCAAGUGAACAGGUAAUUUUAGAUUUGAAAGGUUCUGAUUACAGCUGGUCUUACCAGACUCCUCCAUCCUCUCCCAGUACUACCAUGUCCAGAAAAUCUAGUGUUUGCAGCAGUCUGAACAGCGUUAACAGUAGUGAUUCCCGGUCCAGUGGCUCGCACUCGCACUCACCUAGUUCACACUAUCGCUAUCGCAGCUCCAAUCUGCCUCAGCAGGCACCCAUGAGGCUGUCCAGUGUGUCCUCCCAUGAUUCUGGAUUCAUGUCCCAGGAUGCUUUCCAGUCCAAAUCGCCAUCCCCCAUGCCACCAGAAGCACCUAACCAGAAUUCGUCCAGCUCUGCCUCUUCAGAAGCCUCUGAAACCUGCCAGUCAGUGAGCGAGUGCAGUUCCCCCACCUCAGUCAGCUCAGGCUCCACCAUGGGGGCUUGGGCCUCCACAGAUAAGUUGUCUAAUGGGUUUUAUCACUGUAGUUUAUCAAGUGACCCAUCCGUAGCUUCAGUUGGUGCAGGUCCUUUCCCUCAUUUCCCGCCUGUCUCCCGUGCGUGGACUCGGGCUCCCUCAGCCCUCCUUCCAGACUACGCUCAUUAUUACACCAUUGGGCCAGGCAUGUUUCCAUCAUCUAAGAUCCCUAGCUGGAAGGACUGGGCUAAACCAGGCCCAUAUGAUCAACCAAUGGUGAACACAUUGCAGCGUCGCAAAGAAAAGCGUGAACCAGAUCUCAAUGGAGGAGCUCAGAGCGGACCGCCUGUGCCCUCUGAGGAGGCCCAGAGACCUCGGAGCAUGACAGUGUCAGCUGCCACAAGGCAGGGUGAGGAGAUGGAGGCCUGCGAGGAGCUAGCGCUCGCUCUGACAAGAGGGCUGCAGCUGGAUACCCAGAGGAGCAGUCGGGAUUCCUUGCAGUGCUCCAGUGGCUACAGCACCCAGACAACAACUCCAUGCUGUUCAGAGGACACGAUCCCAUCUCAAGUUUCAGAUUAUGAUUAUUUCUCUGUGAGUGGUGACCAGGAGGCAGAACAACAAGAGUUUGACAAAUCUUCCACCAUUCCAAGAAACAGCGACAUUAGCCAGUCCUAUCGCAGAAUGUUUCAAACCAAGCGUCCUGCUUCCACUGCAGGUCUGCCAACCACUCUUGGACCGGUCAUAGUCACGCCUGGCGUCGCCACCAUCAGACGGACCCCUUCCACCAAGCCUUCGGUCAGACGCGGCACCAUAGGGGGAGGCCCGAUUCCAAUCAAGACGCCAGUGAUUCCUGUCAAAACACCAACUGUCCCCGAUAUCCCAGGUGGGCUGCCCGGCAUCCCCGCUGGGACCGAAGAGUGUCCAGAACAAAGUCCCGACUCUCCGGCAGCAGGAGAUGGUGGUCAAGGUGUCACCAACAUGCCCUCAUCCUCAUGGAGCGGACAAGCAUCUGUCAACCCUCCGCCGUCAAGCCAGAAACUGAGUGCUGCGGAUGAGCAGAGGCAAGUGGUUCCUGAGAGUGAGGGGGAAGAAAGCGACCGGGAUGGUGUCAACACCCUCACACCCACAGGCCAGCCGGAGCUCGAUCCUGGAGAGCUGAGUCCUGGGGAUGUCCCACAAGGCGAAGAUAUGCUGAAUGCCAUUCGGCGUGGUGUCAAACUGAAGAAGACGACCACAAAUGAUCGCUCAGCACCUCGUAUUUCCUAGGAGUGGAAAAGUUGCCAGAGUACCAGCCACUGAGGAGAAACUGUGAGAAAACUAAUUUGUCUAUCCAUUCCAAUCUGUAAUCAAUGAAUUUUUUAAGAUACUCGGUAACAGACAGUGUGAAAAUACUCUGAAAGAAAAAUCAAGGUGAAAGAGCGUAGUAAGACAUAAUCUUCACUGGUGUUUUAAUUUGUAAAUAUCAAUUAUUUUGUUUCUGCAUUUUUUUGAUCUAAGUUACACUUUUAAUUUUUUCUGAAGGUGCCAAAUCCCAUUUACCUUUUUUAUAACUCUCUUUGUAAAGUUUUAAAUCAUGGGAGAAAAAAAAUGUCAAGUAGUUAACCUCAGCAAAGGGAUUUAAUGAAAAUUUGGCUUUUUUGCAAGCUUUUGUAGAGCGCCUUGUAAUAGUGAGGUUAAAAAAAACAAAACAAUGGGACUUACUUUAAAGUUUAAGUCGAGCUGUGAGGAGCAGAUCCUCAUUUAAGUAUUAAAAAAUAAAGUUUGAAAAACAGGAAUAAAAAUUGAGAAUAAAAGCAAUAUAUAAUGCAAGGAAGAAACCUGCAGUUGAUAGAGUAUUUGGGGGUAGUGGGGGGAGGGAGAUGCCAUCAAACUAGCAGAUGCUGUUGCACAAAAGUAGCCUAGUAGGAUUAAUUACUAGUAGCUUCAUGGUAAAUGCAUCAGAAUAAGCCAUAUUGGAUUGCAGUGUUUUGUUUCUGUAGGGUGUUUUAAAGACUGUUUUUUUCCCACGUUUCUUUUUUGACUGCACAGCAACAACUCUCAGUCACAUGCAUGCAGCCUUUACUGUGUAGGCUUGGUUCUUCCAAUGUCACUUUUUGUUCCACUCAUCCUCUCAUUAACUACAAACCAGGACGACAGGCUCAAGGUAGUUACAAGUGUGAAAACA